AUGAUAGAAGGAAACUUGGCUUCGGAUCAGCAACAAGUCGGAAGCUCAACGGCGGCGAGGGAAAUACAUGAAGGUCAACCUUCACCCAAUGUCAUGGUAACUGAAGCAGCUGAUGAUGUGGCUCCUGAGCUAAGAACCGAUGAACAGAAUCAGGAGGAGGCAAGCAGUUCAAGUGGAUUAGGUGCAAAUAGCUUUUCAGUUAAUUUGCUCAGAAGGAUUAAGGUUGCGGGCAAACUUUUUAAUAUUCUCGACAGAAUAUACAAAAAAAACAACCAGCAAGCAUCGCAUCUACAGCUAGGUGCAAAUUUUGAUGGGGUAUUCAGUAAUUUAAGUGCAAAACCUGAUUGUCAAACUAACAGCUCUGGUAGUGAACAGGAUCAUCCUCCCACAUACGAUGAAGCUGCUGUAGAUAUGGCACCUUCUUAUUAUGGUGUUGAUGAUUAUUCUGGUUUAUACAAUAAUGAAAUAUGCAUCGAAGGAUUGCCUGUCGGAAACCUUGCCAAUCUAAUAUGGAAUAUUGUUGUGAGCUCAAGCUUUCAGUUUAUUGGAUUUCUAAUCACAUAUAUUCUUCAUACGUCGCACGCUGCAAAGCAAGGGUCUCGCUUUGGCUUAGGAAUCACAUUUCUCGGAUACGCUUAUUCGAUGAUUCCGAACAAUGUAACGUCUAAAGUUGGUAAGGAUAAAGCACUGGACAGAGUUGAAUUACAAAAUCCGAACGAAUAUGAUGAUUUGAGCCCAUCAUCUCGACCUGCUAAAAGCGGUGGAUACACCUCGAACUUGAGUUCAGGUUUGAAACAAGAGAAACGAGAGCUACCGGCUCUCGCCGUCGUUAUUGGGUUGCUUGGUGGAUUUAUUAUUUUAAAGAGCAUAUACGAUUACGUCAAGGUGAAAAAAAUGGAGCAUAAAUAUCAAUCACAGGAUCCUAGCUAG